UUCCCAACCCUUCGAACCAGGACUCCACUAGCAAUUUGUCAAAGAAAGAAAUAAAAGAAAAAAACUCCCGCUACUGACGAACUAAGAAGUAUGAAGGCCGAACAAGGACCCAUAAGGCAAUAUGGCCCGGCCCAGCAUAUCGUUGUCGUGUUCGCAAAUAUGCUGAGCGAAUACGAUAGGAUAGCAAGCCCCGACGGCCCAUUAAACAUCUCUAGACCCUGGCCCAAUCCACAAUAAUCAAAACCCUAGUGAAGCUAAAUCCCUCGGAACUAUAUAAGCAUCACAUUUCAGCUCUUUUUCCCUUCUCUCACAGUUCCGUCUUCCUCCCCGUCUCCAAACCCUAGCCCCGCCGCAGAGCCACCCUGCAAUCCGCCGCCGCGCCACCAUGUCUCACGAACAGCUGGUUCUCCGCGGCACCAUGCGCGCCCACACCGAUCAGGUCACCGCCAUCGCCACACCGAUCGACAACUCGGACAUGAUCGUCACCUCCUCCCGUGACAAAUCCAUCAUCGUCUGGGAUCUUACCAAGGACGACAAGAACUACGGCGUCGCCCGCCGUCGCCUCACCGGCCACUCCCAUUUCGUCCAGGACGUCGUUCUCUCCUCCGACGGCCAGUUCGCCCUCUCCGGCUCCUGGGACGGCGAGCUCCGGCUCUGGGAUCUCGCGGCCGGAGUCUCCGCCCGCCGCUUCGUCGGCCACACCAAGGACGUGCUCUCGGUCGCUUUCUCGAUCGACAACCGCCAGAUCGUGUCCGCCUCGCGUGACAAGUCAAUCAAGCUGUGGAACACCCUCGGCGAGUGCAAGUACACCAUCCAGGACGGAGACGGCCACUCCGAUUGGGUGAGCUGCGUUCGAUUCAGCCCCAACACUCUGCAGCCCACCAUUGUUUCCGCAUCCUGGGAUCGUACCGUGAAGGUGUGGAAUUUGACCAACUGCAAGCUGAGGAACACACUGCCUGGACAUGGUGGGUAUGUGAACACCGUUGCUGUUUCCCCUGAUGGGUCCCUGUGCGCCAGCGGUGGGAAAGACGGCGUGAUUUUGCUCUGGGAUUUGGCGGAGGGUAAGAGGCUGUACAAUUUGGAUGCCGGCGCUGUGAUUCAUGCGCUCUGCUUCAGCCCCAACAGGUACUGGCUGUGUGCUGCUACCGAGAACAGCAUUAAGAUCUGGGAUUUGGAGAGCAAGUCGAUUGUGGAGGACUUGAAGGUCGACCUCAAGGCCGAAGCCGAGAAAUCCGAGGGUGCUGCACCCAACACUCUCAAGAACAUCCAUUGCACAAGCUUGAACUGGAGUGCAGAUGGAAGUACCUUGUUCAGCGGAUACACCGAUGGUGUGAUCCGAGUGUGGGGCAUUGGUCGCUCAUGAGAGCUGAAGCAUUUGCUAGUCAUCAGAGCAUUAAAGGAGAGACCUGUCGUUUUUGUUCGAUUGUAGGGAUGAAGCGGUUAUUGGGGACUUGUUUUUUAAGUUUUUUCUUUGUCAUAGAAGUGAAGAAUGCAUUGAGGUUCUGUUGAAGUUGGAUAUUUUCGUUUAUAAUGAGCCCUAAGCUGUUAUGUCAUUGUGAUCACAUAUUUAUCAUGUUUUUAUUUUUUUUAUUUUGGAUUGAUGUCCUGGUUUUGCAACAUCCUCUGCUAGGUGCUGAUAAAUAUGUUUCUGAAGUUGAUGCAAUGUGUCGUUGUUACUCUGUUCCUCUAGGAUGCAUUUUUAUGGGCGGAUUUUAUCCUCUCCUACAAAAUUAAAGGUAUAAUUUGUUUUGUUUGUAGGAUUGGGUGAUGGAUUUAACACUCAAAUUCUAAGCAUCUUCACAUAAAUCUAUUGUGUUAAUUACAUAAAUCUAUUGUGUUAAUUGCAUUGUUGGUCAUUGAGUUUGCACAAAAUGUUCAUGUUUGGUUACUAGAAAUAUUUAAAUCCAUUAGUAGUCACUUGAAUUAGUUAAAUGGUUCAAGUCUCUUUAGUUUUCGUUAACACUGUUAGUCAAUCACACGGCUGACAGAGCUUAAGGAGCUCUCCCUCCACUACAACCUCCUCGUUGACCAAAUCCGAACAAGUUCGCGGGCAAAGUUCAGUUCCUGCUGCUCGUUCUGAAUCUCGCCUCCAACUAAUUGUCUGGGGAUUUGAAUUUCUUGAAGCAUUUCCCCAAUCUCGAAACGCUCUUUCUCUCCAACAAUUUCUUCGCCGGCCAGGUCCCCAAAUCAAUUCGCUCCUUCCUCAACCUCCAAUUCCUCGACAUCACCGGGAACAGGUUCCUCAACGAGGCGGGUCGGGUUUGGUGACGUGGCAGGUUAAAAUUGGAUGAAUCAACAUUUCUGUUAGCCACGUAAGCAAUUGACUGACGGUGUUAACGAAAAUUGACGGAGACUGAUGGAGAGUGACCAAACAUGAACGUUUUUUGUAAACUUACUGACCAACCAUGCAAUUAACCCUAAAUCUAUUGUUUGCUAAAGGAUACAAAUUUGUGGGGCCUACGGAUUUGCAACUCCAACAUGGACAAAUUCAUCAUAGAUUUAUGAUAAAAAUUAACUAAACAAACAAUGUACUCUUUCAAAUCUAUAAUGCAACAAAUCUAUCAUAAAUCCAAAGGUUUUUAAAACUCAAAAUCUUCAUUUUCAAGUCCAGCAAGCAAACGGGUCCAAGAGUGUUUUGAAAUUCUGUAAUCUAUUUCCCUAGCAAUCGACACGCUUUGUGUAGGUUGUACUGAAAAAGUUAGUGGUAGGGUACUUUAAUAGCAUACGAACUAGGCUAUUGAUUAAAUACACUUCAAAUUCAUUUGUCAUGAUGGAAACAAGGAUUGUGAUGUAGAGGUUUUAAUGAAGCUUUUGUGUUGCAUAUACUAAAGCUUUGACACCCCAGAUGAAAAUUAAAUAAAUGUUUAUGACAUAU